AUGGGAACAUACAAGCAGCUUUUCCACCCUGAACAACUGAUCUCUGGCAAGGAGGAUGCUGCUAAUAUAUAUGCUCAGCAUUACACUGUUGGGAAAGAGAUUGACCUUGUUCUGGAGCGUAUCAGGAAGCUGGCUGACCAGUGCACUGGUCUGCAGGGCUUCCUGAUUUUCCACAGUUUUGGGGGAGGCACUGGCUCAGGCUUUACUUCACUGCUGAUGGAGCGCCUCUCAGUUGACUAUGGAAAAAAAUCCAAGUUAGAAUUUGCAAUCUAUCCUGCACCCCAGGUCUCCACAGCAGUUGUUGAACCAUACAACUCCAUUUUGACUACCCACACCACUCUGGAGCAUUCCGACUGUGCCUUUAUGGUUGACAAUGAGGCCAUCUACGACAUUUGCCGGAGGAACCUGGACAUUGAACGCCCUACUUACACCAACCUCAAUCGCCUCAUUGGUCAGAUAGUGUCUUCCAUUACUGCCUCCCUCCGAUUUGAUGGUGCCUUAAAUGUGGAUCUGACUGAAUUUCAGACUAAUCUGGUACCUUACCCCCGUAUUCACUUCCCAUUGGUAACCUACUCCCCAAUUAUUUCAGCAGAGAAAGCCUACCAUGAGCAGCUCUCUGUGUCUGAGAUCACCAAUGCUUGCUUUGAGCCAUCCAAUCAGAUGGUGAAGUGUGAUCCUCGCCAUGGCAAGUAUAUGGCCUGUUGUAUGUUGUACCGUGGUGAUGUUGUUCCCAAGGAUGUCAAUGCUGCUAUUGCUGCUAUCAAAACCAAGCGCACAAUCCAAUUUGUUGACUGGUGUCCUACUGGUUUUAAGGUUGGUAUAAAUUAUCAGCCCCCAACCGUUGUUCCUGGUGGUGAUCUAGCCAAAGUUCAGCGUGCAGUCUGCAUGCUCAGCAACACCACAGCCAUUGCUGAAGCAUGGGCCCGUCUGGACCACAAGUUUGACUUGAUGUAUGCCAAACGUGCCUUUGUUCACUGGUAUGUGGGAGAAGGGAUGGAGGAAGGAGAAUUCUCAGAGGCUCGGGAAGACUUGGCUGCACUUGAGAAGGAUUAUGAAGAAGUGGGCACAGACUCAAUUGAUGGAGAGGAUGAAGGCGAGGAAUAUUAAAUGUCACAGAAGCGAAAUGCUAAGUUUUCCCAUUUUACUACUUUUUCCUCAAUGUAAAUGGGAAACCUCUGAUGAAUGUAAAUCCAUUGAUUUUUAGUAUUCCAUAUCAAACUGCUUAGAAUAAACCUUUUUAAUCAGGA